CAUGCUUUUAAUCGUGAAGAAAAUUUCAAUUACGUUGGCGAGUACCCACCCAUGGAUGCUUAUGAUCCUGAUAGCUUCGAUAGCAAGAAACGAGAUGCCUUUAAAACGUGGUACAAUGAAAAAGUAGCCUCAAAUGCAAUCUUUAAUUUCCAAGAGGAACUGUUGGCCUAUUGCAAAUCGGAUGUCCAAUUGCUCAAGGAAGGAAGUUUAAAAUUUAUUCAAGAAUUUGAAGAAAUCGCCGGGUUUAAUCCCCUCGCUACGUCUAUUACCAUUGCCUCCGCCUGCAANUGCUUAUGAUCCUGAUAGCUUCGAUAGCAAGAAACGAGAUGCCUUUAAAACGUGGUACAAUGAAAAAGUAGCCUCAAAUGCAAUCUUUAAUUUCCAAGAGGAACUGUUGGCCUAUUGCAAAUCGGAUGUCCAAUUGCUCAAGGAAGGAAGUUUAAAAUUUAUUCAAGAAUUUGAAGAAAUCGCCGGGUUUAAUCCCCUCAUCACGUCUAUUACCAUUGCCUCCGCCUGCAACCAUUUCUGGAGAAAAGAAAAGUUGGAAGAAGAUUUAAUUGCUUUGGAACCUGCAGGCGGAUGGCAUGGUAACCAUAUAAAUCAAAGCAGCAUUGCCCUGGAAUGGUUGUACUGGCAGGACUUCCAGCGUGGAGGAAUGGGGCGUGUCCGCCACGUGCGGAAUGGUGGCGAGGUCCAGGUGUUGACCCCUGCUCAAAGUUAUUAUGUGGAUGGGUUUGACCAACAGACAAAUACCGUAUUCGAAUUUUACGGAUGCUAUUUUCACGGCUGUCCGCGUUGUUUUAAGAAAGAACGAAAUGUAAGAAGAAAUUGCCAUCGUGAUCGCACCGUGGAAGAAGUCUAUCAAGCCACCUUAAAAAAAGCCGCCAUGUUGAGAGAAGCCGGUUAUACAGUCAUAGAAGAAUGGGAAUGUCAUUACAAACAAGAAAAGAAAACAAAUGUGGAAUUGCAAGCCUUUUUGAACGAACUGGAAAUGGUCGAACCCAUCAACCCAAGAGAUGCUUUUUAUGGGGGACGAACAGGGGCGGUGUCUCUCCAUUGCAAAGCUGCCUCGCCAGAUCUCAUUAAAUAUGCUGACGUCAUUUCUCUUUACCCAUUUGUGAACAAAUACAAAGAAUACCCUGUCAGAUUUCCUAUCAUUUAUACAUCACCAUCAGAUCAGGACAUUACUCAUUAUUUUGGCAUCGCGAAAAUUGACAUUCUUCCGCCUCAGUUUCUCUACCACCCGGUAUUACCCUAUCGAGCAGGGGGUAAAUUGACCUUUCCAUUGUGUGCUGCCUGUGUGCACGAACAGCAGCAAAAACCAUGGCUGGACAGAACGAACAUGUGUGCCCAUACUGAUAACGAAAGAAUGCUGCGUGGUACAUGGGCCACCAUCGAAAUCCAAAAAGCUGUGGAACUAGGAUACCAUGUUUUAAAGAUCCACGAAGUGUGGCAUUUUCAAGAACAAGAUCGACGAACUGGUCUGUUUGCCGACUAUGUCAACACUUGGCUUAAGAUCAAGCAAGAGUCAGCGGGCUGGCCAGAUGACUGUCGCACCUCAGAAGACAAGCAGAAUUACAUCAGACGGUACCAGGAGCGGGAAGGGAUCACCCUUGAAAACGUCGCCAAAAACCCGGGAAGGAAACAAGUGGCCAAAAUGAUGCUCAACUCGUGAGUGUUUGUUUAUGUUUACAAUAACUUAACAUGCAGUAAAAGUCUGCAUUUUAACCUUGUUAGUGGCAGGAAAAGUCUGCAUUUAAGAAACACCGUGUUGAAAGAAAGUACAAACACUCUUUGACCUAAAAACUUAAGGGAAAUGUAUGAAAACAAUGCAGAAAAAGUCUGCAUUUUAACGUUGUUAUUUGCAGGAAAAGUCUGCCAUUUAAGAACACCUCUAAUAUGUUUUAUGUUCUUUUCUACCAGCUUUUGGGGAAAAUUUGGCGAACGAAAUAAUAAACCCAGUACGCAUGUCAUUCAGUCUGCCCAUGGUCUCUACAGCCUUUUGAAAGACCCCAGUUACCACAUCAGCAACAUACGCGUGUGUUCAGAAGACGUGUUGGAGGUCGUGACUACCCGUGCAGAGGAACAAGUGGAACAGAAUCUGAAAACCAACAUCUUUGUGGCCGUCUACACCACCGCCCAUGCUCGCCUGACCCUGUAUUCAGCCUUAGAAACCCUUCAGCAACGUGUCCUUUAUUAUGACACGGACUCCGUGAUUUACAAAUGGCGCCCCGGUCAAGUAGAAAUUCCCUUAGGUGUUUUUUUAGGAGAUUUUACAGACGAAACGGACGGAGAUCCCAUCAUAGAAUUUGCUAGUGGGGGAGCCAAAAACUAUGGGUAUGAAACCAGGGGAGGGAAAGUUGAAUGUAAAGUCAGAGGGUUUUCUCUGAACUACAGAAAUAAGUUGCUUUUGAAUUUUUAUGCUUUACGUGAUAACAUUUUAAAAGAGUUGGAUGACCCU